AGGACCUCAGCUGAAUGCACAGCUAGAAGGUUGGCUUUCGCAAGUACAGUCAACAAAAAGACCUGCUAGAGCUAUUAUUGCACCCCAUGCAGGAUAUACGUACUGUGGGUCUUGUGCUGCCCAUGCUUACAAACAAGUGGAUCCAUCUAUUACCCGUAGAAUUUUCAUCCUUGGGCCUUCUCAUCACGUGCCCCUCUCUCGAUGUGCACUUUCCAGUGUGGAUAUUUACAGAACACCUCUGUAUGACCUUCGUAUUGACCAAAAAAUUUACGGAGAACUAUGGAAAACAGGAAUGUUUGAACGCAUGUCUCUGCAGACAGAUGAAGAUGAACACAGUAUUGAGAUGCAUUUGCCUUAUACAGCUAAAGCCAUGGAAAGGUCAAAGGUUCCGUUACAGUUACUAUGAUGAAUCCCAGGGGGAGAUUUAUAGAUCCAUUGAACAUCUAGAUAAAAUGGGCAUGAGUAUUAUAGAACAAUUAGACCCUGUAUCUUUUAGCAAUUACUUGAAGAAAUACCAUAAUACAAUAUGUGGAAGACAUCCCAUUGGGGUGUUAUUAAAUGCUAUCACGGAGCUCCAGAAGAACGGAAUGAAUAUGAGCUUUUCCUUUUUGAAUUAUGCCCAGUCGAGCCAGUGCCGAAGCUGGCAAGACAGUUCCGUGAGUUACGCAGCCGGAGCACUCACAGUGCACUGAAGCUCUGACUCCUCAGGGAUGCCACCUGCACAUGCUCCUACCCUGCCUGGGCUCCCAGCCUGGCCCUUACAGAGACACUGUCCUUGGUUUGGAGGGAUUCUGAAACCUCAACCUAAUAGAACUUUCUUCUCUUCUUUUCUAGUAGGUGUAGUCCUUCCUUAAUUUCAACUCAUUUUCAAGAUGCUUUGUUGUUAGGGCAGUGGAAGGAAGGCUGGCAUCAAAAUAUUUUGGUCAAAAAUAUGGCAGUGUAAAAGCCCAAUUGUGGCAGUUUGUUGAAAGUAACUUGCAAAGCAUUUACCAUAUCCUAAAUUUGCACUCUUUGCAGACUUGUGCACAUAUAUUCCGCUUUCAGAAUAGUUUUGCAAAUUGUACACAAACAAAGGGUGGAAGCUUUUUAAUAAAAAAUUGCAUUUAUAAGUGAUCUGUAUUAGAAUAUAAUAAAUUGCCAGUUACAGUCGAUUAUUACCCAUGUUGUACAACAGAUACCUUCUAUUUUAGUUGCUAAUAAAGGGCUACACAACUCCAAA